UACGCCUAUUUGAGUCGCCGCAUGCCCGGUUCAAUGCAGUUCAUGCGGAUAAGUGCUAUGCGCCAACGAGCCACAUCCGGCCACAGAAGCGAAUGCCUGCGCCGCAACAUCCCACUUAUAGCACGGUAGCUCACUGUUCCGAAGAUCCUCAUGGCCGGUCCUGCAGGAUACCUCUGAACAUCUUCGUUCCUUUCGUCACUUACGCUCGUUUCUAUUCAUGGUCGUUCUUCUCGUUAUCCGUUGAUCGGGUGCGAGUUCUUUUUUAAUGGUCCGCCAGUUGACCUUUCUUGGAAAUGGCGUCAAGAGGCAAGGAACAGGGUGCGAUGGCCGGUCACCGAGGUACAACCACUGGAUGCGGUACAACACCUUCUAUGGCCUGUUGAUUACGACGACUCUGGCCACUCUUCUCCUGGCGGCGGACCGAUUCGAAUGGCGCGCCACAGGGGUCGUCUUUCGAGUGGCAAACAGAUUCCCAGGUUCAGUGGCGUUUAUCGUCCAGCUAUUUGCGGCAUUCUUCGGCGUUAUUCACGUUGCGAUAAUCUGCAAGUUGAUCAACUAUGCCCUGCGACUGCGCUUGGCCAAAGCAAGCGUCUCGCUGGACGUUUUACGAACCUGGAUGGACAUGAGUAUUCCGCGCGUCGACUGGGAUCUGCCGCUCCGCUUCUUCUUUCCGGUGCUAUUCACGGUCUUGCUCAGUCUAGUCCCCGCAGCGUUAUGGGCCGGUUCUAUAACGCCGUUAAUAGACAGGACAACAGGUACGGGCACGCUACUUCUACCGAGUUAUGAAGAUGUAUCAAUGAUUAGGGAGUACCCCAUGGAGAUUGGGAACGCUGGACCAUCCCUCCGGAAUCAGAAAGGCCUAUUUACGUACUCAGUUGGGCAGCAGCUCAUAGGCCCUCUCCUUUCCGUUGCGGCUUCAGCGUCCUCUGUUGGUGCCGACCCUAUUGUACACCCUAAAAUCGACAACACCCAGUUUAGCUAUCAAGGGAGAUCAUAUGGCGUCGGCGCUCCCGCUGGUUUGACGGAUCUUUUGAUAUCGUCUAACAACCUGGCGGCUGGAUAUAGGUAUCAAGAGGAGGGUUACCUUGCAAACGUUUCCUGUAUCUACAACGCAACCUCCAAUUUUACCCUCUCCGGACCGGUCAAUGAAUGGAUCUUUGCCGCCUCCGGCAGCCUGCCAGACAGCGUUGGCGGGCCCGAAUACUCCAACUACAUCGGGCACGAUGGUAGAGCAAUCGUCGCCAUGGGCGUAGCCUUCAGUCAACGCUCGCCGCGCCGCUACAUCGCCAUAACCGCCGGCGAAGCCUACGGCUUCCUCAACGGCACGCAAUGCGAGAUCGACUUUACCCCCACACUCUUCAACGUAACAGUCGACCUCUCCAACCUCAACAUCACCGUCCGUCCCGCUCAAACCAUCCCGGACUUCAACCCCCAGCGCAAUCUGACCCGCACCGUGGUUCGCCAAUUCGAGCUGAUAUCAAACGAUAUGACUAAUUUGUACGUGUCACUUCUCGGUGAAGCGCUGAAUUCCAGCAUCGCAGCGUACAACAUGUCGCGCGCGUCCGUCUCCCGAAACCCUUUCACAGAGCAGGAAGCCACGCUCGCAGGCCUCAAAAACUCCAUCAUCGCAAUGGCAGAUGACAUGCUGGUGGCCUACGCCUCGGCCCAGCUCAUGGUGGGACGCAUGUUCACGCCGCAAACAGCAAAAAUCUACGUCUACGCGCUGCAAUUCGGGCAAUCACCUUACAUCUACGCCAUUUUCUCGCUCAACUUGCUCAUCAUCCUCGCCGUGGUCGGCGAAGCUGUACGCACACGCGGCUGGUCCUCGCUCGGGCGAUUCAACUACCUCGAUCCGCGUGAUCUUAUCAUAGCAGCUUCGCGAGGUGGAAGGGAGCUCGCGGACGCGGCGGACGAUAUGGUGCAGUCGGAUGUGAAGAAGAUCCCGAAGCAUGUUUGGUUGCUUAGUGAUCCGGAUGAGGGGAAUGGAAGGUUGGUGGUAAGGCUGAGGGGCAGGGAGGAUGGGCAUGCGGCGAUCGAGGUAGUGGGUGCUGGUGGAACAGGUGUGGGUGGAGGGGAGUUGGAGAAGGGGGAGAAGUGGGAUGGGGAUGAUGUGGAUGUGGAGAAGGAGAUGGCGAGGAGGGAGUGGGAAGGCAAAAAAGGGAGCGAACAGGGCGUGAAAAAGAGACGGAUGGGGAUUUUUGGGUCGACGGGAUAAGUGGGAGGCGGUCGGCUUAGGGUUCCCGGGAGACCGGACAAGAGCCUAGGGGGUUGGUUGAAGUGGUGUGUUAAGGACGUGCUUUGAGGAAGGUUGAGGGUAAUGACUGGGAUGAGGGU